UCGGACUUGAAAUGGCGGAGAAAAAGGGGGAAAACUGGUUUUUGAUACCCAAAAAACUAGUUUCGAGAAAAAUGCAAAAUAAAAAAAACUUGUAGAAGAAUUUUUUUUCCGCUUAUACGUACGUAUAGGUAUACCAUAUCAUAAUAUUACUUUACGUUAAAAAAAAAAUUUUUUUUAAUGCAUAGGUCUCCAAAAAACCUGAUUUUUCAGAGACUUCCCGACCUUUGAUGGUUCUGAUUUUUAUAGCACACAUAGAGAGGACCUUGAUACACCUUUACACGAAAAGAAAAAAAUCGAAAAACUUGUUUUUCGCUCAGGAAAGGGGGGGGUCCCUUUAACUAGGUUUGAAUCCAUUUGACAUACGCAUUCGGGAUUCCCAGACGAGGCAACUUUCCCAGACAUCCUUCAAACCAGAGUUGAUCAAAAGCAGACUUAAAAUCAACGAAUACUGUCGCCACCACACCGAUAUUUUUCUUUUUCUGUUCGUCUUUUUUACAUUGUUCUUCUCCUUAUAUACUUUGUGGUUAAUUUUAGUUACUCAGACUGAACUCACGUUCAUAAAUCUAAUAAACCAUACAUAUACCUAUAAUCAAGAUGAAUAGAGGGAUGUGUAUCGUGUCUAAUGCUUUACACAAUGUUAAUAUAUAUUAAAUUCAGUCGAUUUCCAUCAUCGUCCUUUUGCUCCCUAAUGUUGAGUCAUCAUUGUCUCUCUUUUAUUCGAUAAUUAGUCAUAGCAUUAAACGAAUGUUGAAUAUGAAUCAAAUCAUAUAUAUUCGUAUCGAUUUAUUCAUAUGAUAGUCGCCCUAUUCAACAUAUACUUUUUUUCUCAUUGUUGCAUUUCUUUGAUGACUCAUCCAUUUACAUUAUUACGGAUCACACAAACAAACCAAGAUAUAUUUCUUCCUUCAGAACAAGCGGUCCAUGCAAGUUGAAGAAUAGAAAAAUAAAAAAUGUCUUUCUUUUUUCUUUCAUACAUGAUUCUUUUAAGACCCGUUAGUCAGUAAAACCAAAACGAAAGAACGACAAGUGUCGUAUUCUAUCUAAUAGUCACAUAGAGAUAUAACGAAGAAAAACAAGUCAACGUUGAUUCAUUCGUAAGUUCGAACACUUCAUUUUUUUCUCUCGGAAUAGAAUUGCAUCGAUUUCUUCUUUUUUUUUUUUUUUGUUUUUUUUUUUUGAAAGGCUCUAAAUAAAACCAAACAGAAUGCAAACACAUCUGUUUGUUCGUUUUUUGAAUAAAAUCAUAUAGAUUAUAAAACGAAGAAAAAAAGAAAUGUUUCCAUAAGAAAUGAAACGAUAUAAAAAUUGUUGAAGGAUUUCAAUAUAUAAUUUUUCUUGAUUGUGAAUAUGAAGUAAAAUUUGAUUAUUUUAGAUAUUGAUAACAAUGGCUAUGAUAUCCAGUGAUGAAUCUUGGAAUCAUAUGACAUCAUUUGAUUUUGAUGAUUUAUUUUUGUUUUCUGAUGAUUUAAAUCUUCAAAAUGAAUAUGAUCAAUAUUCUAUGUUACAUAAUGAUAUAAUUGAAGACAAGGCUACUUCAUCGUCUGAAACCGAUCAAUCUCAACUACAAACAUCAUCAAACAAUAAUUCAGAACACGAAUCUCGAUUGCCGAGUCUAGAAUGUCGUGUUUGUGGUGCUCCAGCUUACGGUUAUAAUUUUGAUCAAAUUACUUGUGAAUCGUGUAAAGCAUUUUUUCGUCGAAAUGCAUUUCGGGAUAUGUCUCAACUAAGAUGUCGAUUUUCCGAUUCCUGUAUUAUUACUAGUUCCACCCGUCGUCAAUGUGCAACUUGUCGAUUAAAAAAAUGUUUUGAUAUUAAAAUGCGUAAAGAUUGGAUUCGUACUGAAGAAGAAAAACAAUUCAGACAAUUAAUAAAAAUAGCUAAAGAACAAAGGAAAACAAAUAAUCUACCAAACGAUCAGCAACCUCUUGCUACUUUUCCACUAGUUCUACGAAAGAAAAAACGUUUGAUGAUAAAAUCAAUAAGCCAAGAACUUUUUGUUACUAAUCCAGUUCAUAAGAUCAGUUUUUUUGGUGUUAAUCAUAUUCUACAUGAUGAUGAUCGAACAUUAUUAAACAAUAUAAAUAAUGCUUAUCAAUCAGUAGUAGCUACAAUUGAUUACUCUUAUACUAAUAAAUAUACAUCAUCGACAACUCUUACGCAGUUUUUAAAUGAUGAAAGUGUUGUGCAUGAAUCAUUAAUAAAUUUUUUUAAAUAUAUACCUGAAUUUAAACAAUUAGAUGUAGAUGAUCAAAUUAUCUUGAUCAAAUCUAAUUUUCAUAAUAUUAUACAUUUACAUCUUACAAUAAUGCGUAAUUUUCAAAGCCGUGCACGUAUUGGUAAUCAUAUGUCGAAAUGGAUAAAUGAAGAUUUUCAUAAUCAGAUGGUUCGAACACGUCGAUAUUUUUGUCGUUUUAUGAAUUAUCCAUUGUUAUUAAAACUCACAUUAAUUGUUUUUAUCUUUAGUAUUAAUUUAUCUGCAUCGUAUGAUAUUAAUAAAUUUUAUGAAUAUAAAAAUACGAGAAUAUUGCUUGAAUUUCAAAAUUUUUAUACGAAUAUUCUUUGGCGUUAUUUAAAUCACUUGUUUGUCGAAAAAGAAGCAAUACAAGCAAUGCAAAUAAUAGUUACACAAAUUUUACGUUAUCAACUGUUAAUGGUAACGCUGACGAAUUCUGUAAAGCAAAGUCCAGAUCGCUUUCAAUUGCAUUCAUUAAUGCAAUCCAUAUUUGGACUUACCUAA